CUUAUCUAAUCUCUAUCACUCUCCAGGUUUCUUCUUAAACCCUUCAUCUUCUUCUCUUCUAGGAGUAUUUUUUCUACCGAACAUACUUUUUAACGACAGUCAAAUUUCCAUUGUUUUUAUCGGCUUCUUUCUUCUUGUUCAUAAAAAUGGCAGCACAGUUAGUCAAAGAAUGGACUGCAAUUCAGCAGUUUCCGGCAGCCACUCAAGAAAAGUUGGUUAAUUUGCUGUCGAAAUUAAAGACGCAGAAUGUUGACACUUUAACGAUCCUUGUUAUGGGGAAAGGCGGUGUUGGUAAAUCUUCAACAGUUAAUUCUAUCAUAGGGGAACGUGUGGUAACUGUGAGCGCUUUCCAGUCGGAAACCCCAAGGCCAGUGAUGGUUUCACGGUCACGAUUAGGGUUUACAUUGAACAUUAUUGACACCCCUGGACUCAUAGAAGGGGGAUAUGUCAAUGACCAAGUUCUGGAUACCAUAAAAAGCUUUCUGGGCAGGUUCCUUAUGACGAAGACGAUUGAUGUCUUGCUUUAUGUGGACCGUUUGGAUGCAUAUAGAGUGGAUAAUUUGGACAAGCAGGUUGUAAAAGCUAUCACCGAGAGUUUUGGCAAGGAUAUCUGGCAUAAGGCAAUGGUUGUCCUUACUCAUGCUCAGCUCUCACCUCCAGAUGCAUUGAGCUAUGAGGAGUUCUUUUCCAAGAGAUCAGAAUCACUUUUGAAAUGUGUUCGACAAGGUGCUCGGAUUAGCAAAAAGGAAGUUCAGAACUUUGCUAUUCCCGUUGCACUGGUUGAGAACAGUGGUAGGUGUAACAAGAAUGACAGUGACGAGAAGAUCCUUCCAACAGGUACUCCUUGGAUUCCCAAUUUGGUACAUACUAUCACUGAUGUUGCCUUGAAUGGAAAAAGAGGUAUUCUCAUCGACCAGAAGUUGAUUGAAGGGCCUAAUGCUAAUGACAGGGGAAAGCUGUUCAUCCCCUUGAUUCUGGCAUUCCAAUAUUUGUUUGUCAUCAAACCAAUCCAGAAGUUGAUCAAGAACGAUGCUGCUAAAGAGACUAAAUCUUCAUGGGCAUGAAUGAUUCUUCUCUUGCUUGGUUGGUGUCUCUAAUUGGAAUUAACGAUUACCGACCUUAAGCUGUAGAGUUGGUUUAGAUUUCAUUACGGAACUUUGUUUCUGCUCUAGUUCUUGGAUAAUAUAAUAUGGCUGUAGUAAUUUUGUUGCUGCUCUUAGUCCUGGCUGCUACUGGAAUGUCCAGGUUUUUGUUUUGAGAAUUCACUAUUCUGUUAAAUGAGUAUUUUGAGGUUUUUAUA